AUGGCGGAGGUUGUUGGCAUCGUCGCGGGAGCAGUGCAGUUCCUUGAUGUCGGCUCUCGCGUCCUCAUUAGCUUGUCGCGUUUCUGUUCAGACCUUCAGAAUGUCCCCCACAAAAUCAAGACAGUUCGACAGCGACUUGAACGGACUCUCCAACUCGUGGACUCGAUCAAAUCCGACGUUGAAGCGCCGAAUACCGGUCCUGGUACAACUCUUUCCGGAAUCAUAUCGCAGCCACAAGUAGAUUUUGCGAAGGGUCUCUUGGAAGAUGCAGCAGCACAGGUCACAGAGUUGCAAGUCUUGUUGACCAGACUCGCUUUCACAGGCGACAGUUUGGCCAAGAAGGCGUGGAGGGCGGUCGUUGCGAUCAAGAAGGAGGAAGAGAUUUUGUCCAAAUGGAACGACAUCGAAACGACAACUGGCCUGCUUCAGAUUUGGAUGCAACACCAAAGCUUGAAGCUUAUCAGAGAUGACAUUCUCGUCGACAAAGACCAUGCCGGAAAGAUAUCCGGCGUUGAAAAGACGCUAGUCACGUCACAACAGAGCCUCGACAAGAUGCCUCAAGCGAUCGAGAAUAUCGUUCAAGCUUCUCAAAGCGAAAUCGUUCGAGAAAUCGGCACAAAUUCAUAUCGUCUCGGCGAGCGUACACGACAGAUGGAACAGAACUUCGACGUUGCCAAACAUGACGUUCUUCGGGGGAUCACAACAGUGGAGACGAGCAUGCACGGGUCGUUGCAGUCUGUGAAAGGGGACAUCAUUGAUCAAAUCAUGCGAGACCGCACGAGCCAGUCUGCCGAUAACCAAGCCUUGCGUUCACAAUUCGCUUCAUUGCAGCAAACGAUGAACCAGAUCCUGAUCCAACACACCAGUCAGCGACUGAUUUCCAAGCCCUCUUAUUUCGAGGACAUUGAAGUCAGCGCAAGCUACGCUUCACGUCGACUGACGAAAUCCCGCGUUCCAACUCGCCCGGGACGUGGUACUCUCUGCACUUGCACAACUUGGAUGACCAGGUCUUACAAAAGCUGGAAAAGCUUUCAAUUCUGCUACGAUCCGACUCUGGUGCACGAAACCAAUUGCCCCCUUCAUCAUCGAUCGAACAGAUCUUGGACUCUCGGUGUCCGUGCUAUCUUGCCCGCUCUAUGCGCCUACUGUAUCGACAUGGCGCUUCAAAUCGAUUUCGGUGCUGGCGGUUUUGCCAUCUCUCCAAGCAUGAGAAUGGCAGCAAGGGUGGUUGACUGUUACAAAUCCCCACUAUUUCGAGCAAUUUUCCACUUGUAUAUGACGAUUGCUCUACCCGAGAUUGACCAUACUAGGGCCUUAGAAACAUUCAAGACUCGUCUCCGCUUUCAAUUAUCUAAGGGUCAUGCCUCCGCAUAUGACCAGGAUACAGCAGGCAGAACGGCUCUGGACACAUGUCUCCACACUAUCUGGAAACCAAUCAGAGUCCUUGGUAACGUGCAUCAGAACGAACUUGUCAUUUCGAUCAUCGACGCUUUUCUUGAAGGUUUUGCACGUCCAGAUUCAAUUAAAUUUCAAACCCCCAAAGUUGCAGCUUUCUCUCGUAUCUUGAGCCGUCACGGCUGCAGUCUCGAGCUCAGUGAUGCCUACCGCUUUGAGAAGUCCGAGCUCAAGCACAUAUGGCGUAAUGCCGACCUAUGCGAUGAAUUCAACUUGCCGUGGAGAUAUGCUGCGGCGGUUCAGAAAUCUUUACCGUUAUUGGGAAAGAGCAUCGAAAAUCAGACUUUCGAACAACGGCACGGACACCUACCUUCCGUGCUAACCUUUGCAUUACAUUGGCCGGAAGGAAGGAGACUACUCAUUGCAGCCGGCGCAAACCCUCUUGACAGCAUCCCAUUUGCUUUGGAACUUGGCGAUAUGGAAGCCUUGAAGGAUCUCAUUCAUCAAGACUUGCAUUUCUUCUCCGGGCAAGAAUCAUCAGCGAAUGAGAACCUACUACGCGAAUGGUACUAUCAACCUUACUAUGCGCUCGAAUCUGCACGCCAGACCUCGCUCGACAUUAUCGUCAACCACCUCGUUCAACUCCGCGGUAGGCUUUUGAAUCUGGCUCGAAAACAUCUCCAACCUCAAGAACAGAAGAGGCUUGGCAUUCACGCUAGCAACCGACAGGAAGACAUCCUUGAUGGUGUUUUGCUGCAAGCCUACCGAAUGCUGAAUCUCACGGGUGUUAGAACCCCGUCAUUCUUGUACCCGGGCUGUCAGUCAUCUGUCUACCACUGGUAUUGGGUUGUCAAUCUCAACAUCGCGAAACGUCUAUUUCUGGCUGGAUUUCACCGACUUGAUAUCAAAGACGAUAAUGGUGUUCGUCCCAUUGAAUUGGCAUGCGCAAACGGCGAUCUGGAUCUGGUUGCCUGGUUUCUUCAACACGGAGCAGCGGCCCCAGAACAACUUAUUUGGUCCAUUGCUGCGAGUCAAUUCUACCAUGGACUGAACGCAGCCGCUUCGGUAGAAAUAAUCUCAGCAUGCGGCUACCCGGAGAGCGAUACUUGCCGGUGCUAUUGCAGUUCCAAAGGUUGUCUGCCCUCAACAGUUCUACUCAAACGCAAAGAAAGAAGUUGGGACGACAAGAAAGGAACCCUUGAGGAAUGGAUCAGAAACAUUCCACCGGGAUUUCGGUUUCAAUCAUACAGAGAGGCUUGCAGACUUGAAAUCUUCGAAAGAUUGGGGAUGUCGCACACGUGCUGCUCUCUCAUUCAUGUCCAUGGCGCACUCGUAAGGCACGAAAUGGAGAUGGACGACCAACUCGAGAUAAGCGAAGAAGAACGAGACUUUUCCAUCAUCCUCAAUCAGUACAUGCAUCUUUUUGAUCGGCUGUCGGAUAGUUCUACGAGCCCGUUUACAGUCUUCUGGGACUUAUGGUGGACGGCAGUCGACAUGACGUUGCCUGAUCUAUAUGGCCGGAACACCUUCUUAGGCCGUUACCGGUGCCGCCUAUCCGAAACCGCAUCGGACCUGGAAUACAUCCAGAGCUAUGGCCCGCAUGAAAGGCAGAUUCGAUUAGUAGUCGAUCAGUAUUCGAACAUAGUGGGCUCUAUAGCGCGCUUUGUCCCACUUUUUGAGCCCUGGGGCCUGAUAAGAUCUUGGGAUCUGUGCCACCGUCUUGUUCCAUGGGGUUUUUACUUUGGAACGGUGGAGGUGGAUAGGAUACUCUGUCUUCCAAAAGACAUCGACAUGCAAUCCCCAUGGGAAGAAGUCCUCCCUUAUGCGAGCGACUUUGACAUUCCCAGAAUAUUCUACCUUGAUCCACCAGAGAGAAUCAAAAAAGUCAGAACAUACAUCAUGGAUAAGGUCAUUCCGGCAAUGGCGCAGUUCAUCAUUCUCGAUCUCUAUUUCGGACAGAGCAUUCCGGAAGACAUCCGGCAGCAUCUCGAGGCGGAGGGACUACUCCAAGACGGCGAACUAGUGCAUCCUGCAACCAAAGAAGCCGAUCCCGAGACCAUCUUCCAAGACUGCAUCAACACGCUUUUCGAACCAUAA